AUGUCUUCCAUCAUGACUGAAUGUGCAAAUCCACUUUUGCUUCGCUGGGUUGCUGAAUGGCUCGAAGAAGCUAGGACACGAAAUUCUAAAAGCGUUCAAAUUUAUAAGAAAGCAUAUGAUUCGCUGUUGGCAAACCCAAUCUCAUUCUCACAUCCUUCAGAAGCCAAACAAUUAACCGGUAUAGGGGAUACCAUGUGUGCCCGAUUAACUGCGAAGAUGGAGAGAUAUUGUGAGGAAAAUUCUCUGCCCAAGCCUAAGCAAGCUGUCAUUCAUAAACAACAUAAAAGGAACUCAGAUGUAGAAAGCCAAGGCCGAAUCGAAUCUACGACCCCACCACGAAAGAAGCCGAGAAAACCAAAGGUAUAUGUGCCACAAUAUCGAUCAGGGGGAUACGGUUUAAUAUUGGCUUUGGCCACAUUACGUGACGAGCCACCAUCGUACAUAACAAAACAAGACGCUAUUUCUCUAGCUCAACCACACUGCGAUGCAUCGUAUGUCAUACCAAGCGAUUCGACCAAGCUAUACACGGCGUGGAAAUCUAUGAAUAUGCUUAUCGAGAAGCAAUUAGUGCAUGAGAUGAAAGGAGGUAUCACGAAAUACGCCUUGACUCCUUUAGGAUGGAAAUGUGCACAUGGUAUACAAAAGAGUCUUCACUCUGACAUGAGUGCAGAGGUAAAUCUAUCUAGUGCAAAGCAGGGCUUCUCCGUCGAGGAUUCAAGUAUUCUUGCAGACACUUCACAAAAUGACCUUUUUGGAAACACUUGCCCAAUUGCCGUGCCUGAUGUUGUUCCUAACGGUCAGGAAGUUACAUGCAACUCUAGUCUUCCAAGCUUUACCCCAAUCGUUAUAGAACCUAAAUCUUUCACCGUGGAAAUGAUUAUGGAUACCCGGGAAGUCCGCUCAAGAAGAGACCGAGAUUUUAUCGAGGACGAGCUCAUCAAGAGAGAAGCUAAGCCAAUAAAGCGAGUCAUGGAACUAGGAGACUUUACUUGGAUUGCUAAAAUGAAUGACCCAAAUCUUUUGUCUAGUCUUGGUGUAGAAGGCGACGAAAUCGUACUAGAUUACAUAGUAGAAAGAAAAAGACUUGAUGACCUAAUAACUUCUAUUAAAGAUAAGCGGUUUCACGAACAAAAGUUUAGAUUAGGGAGGUCUGGUAUUAAAAAUGUUAUUUAUUUGGUUGAAAAUAAUCCCGUGCCACCGGAUGUGUACAGCAAAAUGGAAGCAGCUGUCAAAUCUGCUAUCGCCGGUGUGCAGGUUGUAAAUGGCUACUUCUUCAAGAAAACUCAAGGGAUUGAAGAAACCCUUGAUUAUCUUGCUAGCAUGAGCAAAGCCUUACAAAAAAAAUACGAGAAAGAGCCCUUACAUAUCAUUCCCACCAGUGUUCUAUCGACCACUACAUACUUGCCUCUUAUAACACAGAAAAGAAAAACAGAACCUGGCAUUGAUUAUCAUAUUACCUACCCAGCGUUCGCAUGCCUUAUGUCAAAAACUGACAUUCUGACACUUCGAGACCUUUAUCUUAAAAUGUUGAUGUGUACAAGAGGAGUGACUGGUGAAAAGGCUUUGGAGAUCCAAAAACGAUGGAGAACACCUUUUGAGCUCACAGACGCCUAUCGUCAGAUCGAUGAGGAAGAGACUAGUAUAGAAGAAGCCAAAAAAAAGAAAGCGAAUCUCGUAUCAGGUAGUAUGCACAAUCUAUUUGGACGGAGGAAGGUCGCAUCGACAUUAAGUGCAACUAUCUCUGAAGUCUGGGGACAAUUGUAA